UUAAAACGUAUUUUUUAUUACUCUCUCAAACGUUUGUCUUUUCAGUCCUUCAGAGGCAGCAGAGAGCAACAGCGGCGGUCCGAGCAUUAAGCAUGCAGAUUUUACCUCGUACUGGCUCUCCGGGCCUAGAGAAGAGGAAAGAAGAUGAGCAAAAGAAAGAGAAAGAGCAAGAGGAGGCAGAAAUACAUGAGGAGCUGCAGCUUUUGCAGGGCCGCAGUGAAAAGCAGAGCAGACAACUACAGGCUCUACAGACAGAACUGAAGAAAACCAGCAUGGGUCUGGAGGUCUUUGUGAUCUGCACUCAACACUUCUGCCUCAAGAGUGAAAAUGCUGAAGAAAAGAAGAGAGAAUUGUCCCAGGAACUCAGCAGGAUUCAGCAUGAAGUGGCCUUUAAUGCAGCUUGCUGGGAGCGUCUGCAGAAGGAGAAUAGAGAGCUGGAAGAGUGCUUUGAGAGUGAGCUUAGAGAGUUGCAGGUCCAGCAGGAGUCUGAGCUUGCUACCUUAGAGGAGAACCUGAGAUUGCGCCAUGCUUCAGACAGUGACCAUCUCAGAGCAGAGCACCAAUCAGAGGUGGAGGAGCUCCGAACCCAGCACCAGGAACAGGUUGAGGAGUUGAGUGCCAACCAUGAGGCCGCCUUGGAGGACCUGAAGACCAUGCACAACAUCACCAUGGCAACGCUGCAGGAGGAGCAUGCCAGGACAAUGAGAGAUUUAAGAAAAGCUCACGAGCAGCAGAAAGCAAGUCUAGAAGAGGACUUUGAGAGUCUUCGCCUCUCCCUUCAGGACCAGGUGGACACUCUGACGUUCCAGAAAGGAACUCUGAAAGACAAAGCCAAGCGUUUUGAAGAGGCCUUGAGGAAGAGCACUGAUGAACAGAUUGUAGAUGCCCUUGCUCCAUACCAGCAUAUCGAGGAGGACCUGAAGAGUCUAAAAGAAGUUCUGGAGAUGAAGAACCGGCAAAUUCAUGACCAGGAGAAGAAGAUCUGUGAGCUGGAGAAAGUGGCCCAAAAGAACCUGUACCUAGAGGAGCGAGUCCAGGUGCUUCAACAGCAGAAUGAAGACCUUAUGGCCCGCAUUGACCGACAUCUUGCAGUGUCCAGGCAACUAUCUGAAGAGAACGCUAACCUUCAGGACUAUGUGGAGAAGGAGACGAACGAGAAGAAGCGUUUAAGCUGCAACAACGAUGAGCUGAUGUGGCUUCUCCAGACGAGUCCUCACCUGUCGCCCUCCUCCUCCCCAAUUCACAGAGCCUUCUCCUCAGGCCCUGACAUCCCCCCGUAUCCUUACUCUCCAGGUACUGGUACCCCCACACACUCUUGUUCCCCUGGCCCCUGUACCCCCAGUCACAGGGUGGUGUCUGCAGGACCAGGGAUGCCCAAUCUCAGACAGUCACCAGCAGCACGGUCAUCCCCCGCUCGAAUCCCAAACGCAAACACUUUACCCAGAUGAACCGCCCUGUUGAGUCUCUGUUGCUUCAUCCAGCUCUCCUCUUG